GUGGAAUCACAUCAGCUCUUUUCCAGGAGCUCUGCAACACUUUGAAAGUCUUUUUGCCCCAUUCACUUUUUCCAAGUGGGGUUUAUCCAGGAUAAUGGCAGGAAAAGUAAAGUGGGUGACUGACAUAGAGAAAUCUGUAUUAAUAAACAAUUUUGAAAAGCGAGGAUGGAUCCCAGUGUCUGAAAAUGAAGACUGGAACUUCUACUGGAUGAGCGUACAAACCAUUCGGAAUGUUUUCAGUGUAGAAACUGGUUAUCGCCUCUCUGAUGACCAGAUUGUCAAUCAUUUCCCUAACCAUUAUGAGCUGACCCGGAAGGACUUAAUGGUGAAAAAUAUUAAAAGGUACAGAAAAGAACUGGAAAAAGAAGGCAGCCCUCUUGCGGAGAAGGAUGAAAAUGGAAAAUAUCUUUAUUUAGACUUUGUUCCUGUCACCUUUAUGCUUCCAGCUGAUUAUAAUUUAUUUGUUGAAGAAUUCCGAAAAAACCCUUCCAGUACAUGGAUUAUGAAACCUUGUGGAAAAGCUCAAGGGAAAGGAAUUUUUCUCAUCAAUAAGCUUUCCCAAAUUAAAAAAUGGUCUCGGGACAGCAAAACAUCUACGUUUGUAUCUCAGUCCACUAAAGAAGCGUAUGUGAUUUCCCUGUAUAUCAGUAAUCCACUUCUGAUUGGUGGGAAGAAAUUUGAUCUACGCUUAUAUGUAUUGGUAUCUACUUACCGUCCUUUGAGGUGCUAUAUGUAUAAACUUGGGUUUUGCCGAUUUUGCACAGUAAAAUAUACUCCAAGUACAAGUGAAUUGGAUAACAUGUUUGUCCAUCUUACAAAUGUUGCCAUUCAGAAACAUGGGGAUGAUUACAACCACAUUCAUGGUGGCAAAUGGACGGUCAGUAAUCUGCGUUUGUAUCUGGAAAGCACUCGAGGGAAAGAUGUCACAAACAAGCUGUUUGAUGAAAUACAUUGGAUAAUUGUACAAUCAUUGAAAGCAGUUGCACCUGUGAUGAACAAUGAUAAACAUUGCUUUGAAUGCUAUGGAUAUGACAUCAUUAUCGAUGACAAGCUUAAGCCAUGGCUUAUUGAGGUUAAUGCUUCUCCAUCUCUUACAUCCAGUACUGCAAAUGACCGUAUACUCAAGUACAAUCUGAUAAAUGACACACUGAAUAUUGCUGUGCCCAAUGGAGAAAUUCCUGAUUGUAAAUGGAAUAAACCGCCCCCCAAAGAAGCUCUUGGGAAUUAUGAAAUUUUAUAUGAUGAAGAGGUGGCCCAAAGUGAAAUGCCAGAUCGAGAUUUGCGAAGUCGCUCUGGACAGCCUGUUGGAUGUAAGGGAAACCGAGCCAGAGAUCCUGGAAAAGCAGGGUAUCUUACUUGGAAGUAGUAGAAUAAACUGAGGUGUGGUGUUUUUUUUUAAAAAAAAAUCUGUGUGGAUGUCUUUUAAUGUAAUUUAUUUGCUUAAUACUAGUCCAGAGAAAAGAAUAUUGAUCAAAGAUGAGAGGAUAGAGGCAUGUGCAUAUAUUUCAAGUUGAUCAUUAGAUAUAUUGCAGUUUUAACUGCAUACUUAUUAUCAUGCAAGAUUCUUAUGCUGCAUGUUAUAGUAGACACAUGUAAUGAGUUCAUGCAAACAAAGUAGCAUUUUAAUAAAAGAACUCAUUUCCAAGUCACGCACUUUCUUUGAAGUAAUAACUGCUAUCUCAAGCACUGCAACAGAAAUAUGCAUUCCAAGAUUAGUAUAUUUAUUUCUCCCCCCUCCCGAUUGUUCUAGAAUUCUAAGGCAAACUGUUCAAAGCAUAUUUCCCUAUUGCAAACUAAUGUUAAUAUAUUAGAAAUUUUAUUUCUUUAUAAUGCAUACUGUUGUUCUCUUCAAAAUUAAAUAUAAAUAAAAUAAAAAAAUGACAAAUAUGUUUGGGUGAAAAGAUAUCUUUACUUUUCAAUUGGGAAUGCUAUGAGAGGUUGAUUGUGACAGUAUAUCACAAAGAUCGAUCUGCGUAUAGGCCUUAAACAGAAACCUCUUUUCCCACAAUUUGUUGCAUUACUUCUACUGGCUAAAGACUAGAGUUGAAUUCUU